AUGUCAAGUUCAAGUUCAAGUUCUCGAUUGUUAGUAAGAGUUCAACCUGAUCAAUCUGCUUACUUUGCUGGUGAAAGAUUUCAAUGUACGAUCCAAUUCAAAAACACUUUAUCAACUAAUCCAUCAACUGAACUACACUCAAGAUCAUCUUCAUUAACUAAAUUCACUUCAAACACUCCAAGUACUUCAUCACCAUCUCCUUAUCAUUCAAUUUCAACCAAUCAAUCAUCUCUUAUCAAUCAUCAAAUCAUUCCAAUCAGAAAUGGUCUAAUCGGUUCUCAUCAUCAUCAUCAUCGACCAAUCCAAGAAAACUAUCAUCAACAUCUUAGAUCUUAUUCGAUUCCUUCUCUUUCACUUCUUCAAGCUUCUCCAAAUCAUCAUCAACCUAUCAUCCGAUCAGCCUCUUAUCUACCUCCUCUUCGUACCCAACUUACAGCUUCGAUUGAAGAAGAGGACCAUCAAUCCGAUGCCCAAUCACCCAACCGAUCUCCCCUAACCCCAUUUUCCCAACCCAAGAAGUUCCCCGUACCCAACCCUAUCCGUCGCCAAAGCUCACCAGGACCUCAAUGGGUGACUAUCCCAUCCACCCGAUCAUUUUCCUUACAAGGCCAUAGUGCCCCAGCCGGUCGAGAAGCCUUCAAGACAGACUUAGUACUAGGAUGGGCUUAUUGUCAACUAGAAGGUAUAUUCGAGUACGAUGAUCGAUUGAUCAAAUCAAAUCUAUUUGAUAGUCUUAAGAAUCGUACGACCAAGCUGGGGGGUGGUCAAUUAGGACCUCAAAUCGGUUCGGAUCAUCAAGCUGGUUGGUUAGGUUGGUUGUUUGGUACAAGGGUUUCUGGAAUAGGUUCGGAACAGGGUAAAGGUCAGAAGUUACCUGUGUUUGAGAACCCGGUGAGUAUCUUGGAUGUCGAUUUACAUCUUAGAGCAGGAGAAUCAAGAACAUAUACAUUUUCAAUUGAUUUACCACAAGAAUUACCUCCAUCUUUUAGAGGUAAAUCUAUCAAGUUUAGUUAUAAUUUAAUUGUGGGAACUAGUUAUGAUAAUGGAGGAAUAGGUCCAAGAGGUAGAAACCAAGUAGGAAGCAGUCCAGGAACCAAGAUCAUCAGAGUCCCAAUCCGAGUCUAUAACCAUGUAUUUUUGAAUGGAGCCAGACCGUUUUAUGAUCUAAGUUCUCCAAUUAUCAAUACAAGAGAUCUAGCUCAAAUUGGAAAACUUGAAAACCUUGUACUUGAAAAAACUCAAGUUGAUAGCGAUAAUGAUUUAGAAGCUUAUGCAAGACAAUUGAUUAAUAGAUCGAUUGAAGUAGAAGAACCUGAAGAUGAAAUGACAGGUGGAUGUAUGACAGCAGUUGAGAUUGUGACGAGAUCUUCUGGAAAAGUUUCAUUUGAUAUAAAUAAAGAUGGAAAACUGGUAGCUGAAUUAACUUUAGUGAAAUCAGCUUAUAGGUUAGGAGAAAUAGCCGAAGGGAUCAUCGUUUUCAAUACAAGCACCGAUACAGGAAGAGUGAUCAAAGCAUCCUUUUCACUUGAAACAAACGAAACCAUCAAUCCUAAUGAUCUCAUCGAUCCAAGUGAUCUUAACAAAGAAAAGAUUAAACUCAUGACCAAGAAAGUUCAUUCAGAUCAAGAAGAGUUUUUAUUAAACCAAAACCGAUGCAAGUUUUCAUUAGUGAUUCCAACAGAUGGAACACCUGAAUUUGAAUCUUCAUCGGUUAAACUCAAUUGGUAUAUCAGAGUCAAGUUUUUGUUUUUACCUUGUGAUUUGAAUUCUUCUAUUAAAGGUUUACAACCUACUACUACUUCAUCUGCAGCUGCACAUCAAAGGAUCGGUUCAACUGUUUUGUCUGCUGGACAUCAAUUUUCAAAAGAUCCUCAUUUACUUCACUCAACAGUUUCUCAUAAGUUAUUAAAACAUACCAGAAGUCAAUCUUUCGCCUACGGAUUCCAACCAACGAUCAAAGUGCCCAUCAACACCCAAAAAAUUAGGACUCCAACCCAUUUGAUUCCUUUAAAAAAUUCAGAAAAUCCUCAUGGAACGGUUUAUAAACCGAUACCUGAUCUAGGUUAUGUACCGAUCCAGUAUGAAAUGACACAUGAAACUGAUCAGUCGAAGAAUCAGAUCGUCUUGGUGCCUGUUAAGGUCGAGAUGGUUGAGUGUUGGAUUCCUUUGAAGGUGUUUCCUUCUAAUACGGCUUUUAAACCGAUUGUCACUCAGUUCUUUGCUUGA